AUGGCAUUGACCUGACGGCGAGCUCGACAUUCAACAUCCCGAACACGUCUCCAGCAAGAAAUUGAACCGAUACUCCACAGCAAUUGAAGAAGCCCAUCAUGAUGCGAUCCAUGCUACCGAGGCUCGUGAGGCCGUCCCUGGCCAAGGCCCCAACCGCAGUUACAGUCACAAUUGGCAAUAGGUUUGCCUCCUCUUCCACCGCGCCGGUCUUCGAUUGGCAAGAUCCCCUCGCAUCUAAAACGCUGUUGACUGAGGAGGAACUGGCAAUUUCAGAAACUGCGGAGCGAUAUUGCCAGGAGCAGUUGCUACCUCGUGUGCUUCAGGCAUAUCGCGACGAGAACUAUGACACAAAGAUCCUCGAAGAGAUGGGCGAGCUUGGCCUGCUAGGUGCCACAAUCGAAGGGUAUGGUUGUGCAGGCGUGUCGACUGUGGCCGGGGGCCUAAUCACACGCGCAGUCGAACGCGUCGACAGCGGAUACCGGUCAGGCAUGUCUAUCCAGUCGUCACUAGUCAUGGGAGGCAUCAACGAAUUUGGGAGUCAAGAGCAAAAAGAAAAGUUCUUGCCUCAAAUGGCGAAAGGAAAAUCAUUGGGCGCUUUUGGCUUGACGGAGCCCAACCACGGCAGUGAUCCCGGAUCCAUGGAGACUGUUGCGAGACCACAUCCAUCUAAGAAGGGAUAUUAUUCUUUAUCGGGCGCCAAGACGUGGAUUACCAACUCUCCCGUUGCCGACGUACUCUUGGUAUGGGCCAAGCUGCAGGAGACAGGGAAAAUCCGAGGGUUUCUGGUUGAAAGAUCUAAGUGCCCAGCCGGCACUCUGGAAACGCCACCUAUUAAGGACAAGAACGGGCUCCGAGCUUCGAUCACAGGCAUGAUUCAACUAGAAGAAUGUCCGGUUCCUCACGAGAAUAUGUUUCCAGAAGUUGAAGGUCUUCGAGGGCCAUUCUCAUGCCUCAACAGUGCCCGGUACGGCAUUGCUCUUGGCGUUAUGGGCGCUUUGGAAGACUGCAUCGCGAGAGCAAGGACGUAUGCGCUCGAGAGGAAACAGUUCAAGGGAAAUCCCCUAGCCCGCUAUCAACUCGUCCAGAAGAAGCUGGCUGACGCCAGUACUGACGCUGCUUAUGGCACGCUGGCCGCCAUUCAAGUCGGCAGACUGAAGGAUGAGGGCAAAGCCACGCCUGACAUGAUUAGCAUGGUGAAGCGCCAGAACUGCGACCGGGCCCUCCAGAACGCCCGCGUGCUUCAAGAGAUCUUCGGAGGCAACGCCGUUAGCGACGAGUAUGCUAUCGGCCGACAUGUGGCGAAUUUGUUCGUAACGCAGACUUACGAGGGCCAGAGCGACAUACACAGUUUGAUCCUAGGGCGGGCCAUUACGGGGGUGCAGGCGUUUGUAUAA